GUUUUACUCCACAAUCAAUAGUCCUCUGGCGAUCUUUUGAAUUCCUUACUAUUGAGGAUGGUUAAUUUUCAUUAAAUCCUUGGGAGUUUAUUCUAGGAGUUUACAUUUGAUGUAAAAUUCCGUUGAAUUGGAACUAAUUUGGAAGCACACACAGUAUGUCAAGUGGUGGGGCAACUAGUGUAGUGACAAUGAAAGCAACCUCAGCUGCAUUCCCACAAUCUAAUUCACAAGCACAAAAGCAACAUUCGCAAAAUAAUUUGCAACCAACAAAUGUAUUUGAUCAACAGAUUCAGUUACAACAGCAACAACACCAACACCAACAACACCAGCAACAUUUGUUACAACAACAACAAUUACAGCACAAUCCAAGUCAACAUUCUCAAUUGCAUCGACUAUCUCAGCCACAUUUAUCUGCAUCAAUUCAUCCUGUUCAAUCGAUUGCUCAAAAUGUCGUUGCUGCCAGUGGUCAUUCAACCCAUCCAAGUGUCUUUCCAAAUGCUGAAUUCUUUCAAACAUUACAACAGACUGCCGCAGCGGCUGCAUUACCAACUGUACUGCCAUACGAUCAAUCACAGUAUAUUGGUCAAUUAAUGUAUUUCCCAUAUCCCACAGCUGCUGCUGCUGCCGCAAAUGGAUUGUUCAAUACUGGACAAUCAAAUGAUACUGCUACUCAUCAUAUGUCUAUUGGUUCGUCUACACCUGGUGGUAGUGUUAGUGGUAAUCAGGCAACAAUUAUUAAUCAAGCAUCGUGUCAUGCUACUGCUGGACAAUUAUUAACUGGUGGACUUGUAUCAGCCACACCUAGUGGAAUGAUGACUUUGAAUAAUGCAACUGGUUCGAAUCAAGUUAAUAAUGCUAAUCAUCUAUUUGCAUCUGGAGCAGGAUUAGUUGGAAUUGGUGGCAGUGGCGUCGGUGGUGCAUCUGGUUCAAAUACUAUUUCUGUGUCUAAUUCCGCUUCUUUAGCACCUUUAUUUACAACUGCUCAUUUUUAUCCGCAUCAUCAUACACAACAAACUGGUCAACAACCACCACAACAACAGUUUCAAAUUCAUCAUUCAUUACAACAACCGCAUCAUCCACAUACAUCUGUACAUAUGCAACAUGUUCAAACACUUACAGGUCAUCCAGGUGUCCAUCUACAGCAACAACAACAACAGUCGACCGCCGCUGUUGCCGCUGCAGCUGCAGCUGCUGCCGCCGCCACUGUUCUGUUGCCAAGCUCCAUAUCGUCAGCAUCACAACUUAAUAUGUUAUCCUCUCAACAAACUCAUCAACCGGUGCAUUCAACUUCACAAAAUCAUUCAAAUCAUAAUAAUAGUAAUAAUAAUGAAAAUUUACAAAAAGCGGAAGAUAAACUACAAUCUACUACACCAGUGCAUACACCACAAAAACAGUCUGAUCAAGAACUAUUAUCCCAGUCUACUCAACUAGGUACACCAUCUCAAGGAAAUAAUAGUAGUUUGGAUGCUAGUUCAACUACAGUAAAACGUGAUAACAAUGGUACAGGACAUUUCGUAUGCGGUGUAUGCGGUCGAGAAUUUGGUAUGCGAUGUCGUCUUAUUGCUCAUACUCGACGUCAUACUGGUGAACGUCCUUUUCCUUGUGCUGAUUGUGGAAGAGCUUUUUCAGAUAGAGGAAAUUUACAACGUCAUCGUUAUACACAUUCAAGUCAACCGAGAUUUCAUUGUACAGUUUGUGGAAAAUCUUUCCGUCAAGCUUCAUGUUUAUCAAAUCAUCGACGUUUUCAUUGUGCUGGAGCUACAGGUCGUCCUUGUCCUUUCUGUCAACGUUCUUUCCGUUCUUCAUCCAGUCUUCAGAUGCAUAUUCGGUGGAAACAUCGUGCUGAUGCUGCGGCAGCUGUAGCAGCAGCUGCGGCCGCCGCUGCAGCCAACGGUUCAUCUUCACUUUCUGAAGCAUUCACACAUUUACCAGGAUUAACAUCAUAUGUUACAACUGCAACAGUUAACGGGAUUCCAACAAUGUCUCUAAAUGGAAGUACAACAACAACGACAACUAAUAUUGGAUCACCGAAUAAAAGAAAAUGGCGUCGAAAAUCUAAACCGAAACAAGCUCAAAACGCGUUUGGAAAAUUGACCGGUGAUGGAUUGAAUUUAUUAGCUGGGAUUAAUUUAAGUGAAGGCAUUGAUGUAAAUGCUGCCGCAGCUGCAGCUGGAGCGGCGGCUGCUGCUAUCGGUGGUCCAGUUCCAUUAGAUCGUAAAGGUCGUCCAUGUAAUUAUCCUUGUCCUGCUUGUCCACGUCGUUUUGCUUUCCAAUGUCGUCUUGCUGCACAUCUUCGAUGUCAUACUAAUAUUCGUCCAUUUAUUUGUAUUGAUUGUGGUCGUGCAUUCACACAAAGAGGUUAUCUAGUUCGUCAUGCGGCUGUUCAUAAAUUAGAUAGACCAUUUUCAUGUGGAUUAUGUGAUCGAUCCUAUAAACAUUAUGGUUCAUUAGUAAAUCAUCGACGAACUCAUAGUAAAAGUAGUGGUAAUACAACAAAUCUUAGUAAUUUAAAUCUUUUAUCAAAUUUAGGAACAAUUACAUCAACUAAUAUUGGGACAUUAUCUAGUUUAGAAGAAGUAGUCAGUGGUGCAUUAGGUCAAUCACAUAAAACUGAUUCAACAUCAGAUGCAAUGAAUAAUCAAUCAACUACAACUAUCACAUUAUUACCAGUUAGUAAAGUUGAAGAAAUUUUACCCGGUGAUCUUAAUAGUUCUAUUCAACAAGUAUGCUUAUCAUCAGGCAAUAAUAUAUUGACUGUUUCUGAAGGUCAAGAACAACAACAACAGCAACAUAAUUCAGAACAAGUAACAUCUCAUCAACUUACUGCCACUGCAGUAUGGCCAAUUUUAGCUACAGGUGGUGGAGGUGGUAGUGGUAUUAAUCAUGUUUCACAAGCUCAAUUAAUUCCUUCCUCUAUUGUACAGCAACAAUCAAGACAAGCUAUGGUUUCUGGUUCACAUUUCUCUACUAUAACGAUCUCACCUACACAAUUAGCUCAAUCUAAUCAACCGUCUUCAUCAUCAUCUCAACAACAACAACAACAGCAAUUACCACUUGUAACUGCCCCACGACCACCUCAUUUAAGUCAACCAACUAGUACAACUAUGUUAUCAACUGCUAGUGUAAUAGCUGGUAAUGGUGGUACAUCUGCUCCUACAUUUGUAACUCUCCCUUUAUUCAAUGGUUCAAUACAAAAUAAUUUAACAGAAUCUGAUAGGUCUAUUAUUAAUGGUCAAUUGACUCCUCAUUCACAUCAUCAAUUUCAUUGUCCAACAAGUACAUUGUCUGACUCAUCACAACCACAACAACAUCAUCUUCAAAUCGCACAAAGCACGGCAACAUUACAACAACAACACAUUCAAGCAAAUAAUUCAACUACACGAGUGAGCGGUGUUGAUACAAAUAAUAAUAAUAAUAAUACAGCUCCAGUACUACAUGUACUUCAACCAUCACCGAGCAUUUUCUUCUCACCGUACUAUUUACCACAUUCGGCAGCAUCUCAAAUGUAGACACGUAUAUAUAUAUAUAUGCAUACAUACAUAAAAGCAACAGUUGAACUUCGGUCAAAUUUAUUCUUGCUAAUACACAUCAUCCUAUUUAUCUAUCCACUUAUAUAAAUUGUACUUGUAUGCAUGACUUUAUUAGCUCAAAUAGUGAUGCAACACUAAUGGGGGGGUAUUACUAACUUCUUUUUUUAUAUAUGAAAAUGGCGUUCCAAUUGUAAUUUACACUAACGAUUAGGAUCAUAUUCUCUCUGUCCCUCUCUCUCUUCCCCCCCCCUAUUUUAUCCCUUUGUUUACGCGUGUAUGGGUGUAAAUUUGUGCCAAUACACACAUGUGUACCAUAGUUACACGCGUGUAUUAAUUUAUCUGCUUAAAUGAUAACUAUUGUUUAUUUAUUAUUUAAUAAUAAUGAUAAUACUGCUACAAUUGUCUUACUCUAUAAUGAUUAAUACUAUUCUCAUCAUUAAAACAACUACUAUUUAUUAUCUCAUUAUCAUCAUCUCAUUAUUAUUGUCGGUAUUCAGUAUAAUUAUGUUUAUUAUCAAUUCAUAUGUGAUCUCUGUGUUGUUGUUGUUUUUCUGUUUUGUUUUCCUGUUUGUUUCGAGCCUAGUUUUCUCUUUCCCCUCUCUCUGUCUCUCUCGUUAUUGUUAGAUAUUCAAAAAAAGAGAUCAUCAUCAUCAUGUAGGGUGGAUUCCAAUCAAGUUGUCUUUUUUUCUUCUUUUAAAGUUGCACAUUUAUUGCAUUUCUUUUAUUCCUUAUCUUGUUUACUCUUCUUAUUCUAUUUCUGUAUUGUUUGUAUUGCUAACUGAUUGAUAAUAAUAACGACACAUUAAUCAGACAUAUAUAUAUCUUCUGUAUAUUUUUUUUGCAAAGUAUGCUGUAUGUAUGUGUAUGUGAAUACAUGAAUGCUCUCUGUCCCCCCCCUUUCUCUCUCUCUCAUGAGUUCAUUCGACAAUGAUUCCUUUAUUCCCCAUCCCCACUCAGUUACUGGAUUUAAAUCUUAUCAUUACUGCUGCUGUUGUUGUUUUUUUAUUAUUAACAAAAUCACUUAUUGUCUAUAAUACUUUCUUCUAUAUGUCGAUGUGUAUUUUGUGUUGUUACACUUUUUUUUUCUCUUUUUAUAAUUAUUCAUAUAUAAAAUUAAACAAUAAGAUCAUUCAACCUGUUUUUUUUUGUUUGUUUUUCAUUUCAUUUUCUUAUAUGAUUACUAUUUUAAUGAGUUUUCUUUCCUCUUCUUUUUUUUAAAUUAUCAACAUAACCCUAACCCCCCUAUAUAUACACACAUACACCCCCCACUUACAUCUAUACACAUAGAGUAUGUCAUCAUUUGGAUUGUUGUUUACUUUAUGGCGAUCAUCAAUAUUGAACAGAUUGUGUGUAUUAUGUGCAAAUGAAAAUUUUAUUCCCAAAUAUCUGUUGAUUAAUAAGUAGUAUGUAUCAUUGUAUUUCAAUUAAUAAUAAUGGUAAUAGACAGAGUUAAUUUUAAUAUUCCUUUUUAUUUAUUUAUUACACAUACUACAAAUAGUAUCUGUAUGAGUGUGUGUGUGGGGUGGUGGUGGUAGUUUAUGUAUGUAUACCCUCUCUCUCUUUCUGUGUCUCUCCUCAUUUACCUUUAUAUAGACAUAUAUUACAUGUGCAUAUUCCCAAUCCAACCACAUUGUCUUCUUUGCCUUGGUAUGUAUGUAAUCUAUGCAUAUAUAUAUAUAUAUACCUUUAAUCUAUAUAUCCAUCUAUCUAUCUAUCUAAUGCAUUAAUGUAUUUGUAUGUAUCUAUUUAUUUAUUUAUAUAUAUGUAUGGAUAAUGUAUUUGUUUCUCUUUUUAAUUCACUUUUUGCUUACUUCUAUUAUGUAAUUGUAAGUGAAUUAAAUGAGUAAAUCCAAAUGACUGUAUAACAUGUAUUAAUCAUUACUUUAAUGUAAUGUCUAUAUCAUCUUUACUUAUGAUAAAGUAUUAUUAUUAUUAUUAAUCUGAUUAUUAUUAUAUAUUGUAUACUUAUUGUUAUUAUUAGUAGAAUUUUUUUUAAUCAUCAUCCUCAUCAUCUUGCUUAACACAACUAUUAGAGUAAUUUGCCCAAAUCUAUUCAAUGUAAUCCCAUUUCACACUGAUAUUGGUGUUUUUACAUAAUCAUCAUUAUAAUGAUGAUGAUGAUGAUAUCGAUGGUAAUUAGGGGAGUGUUUUAUUAAUUAAUAAAAAAAGUAGUAUUAGUAGUGGCAUUAUAAAUAGUCUUCGAGAAAAAUCUGUCUAUUAUCACUUAACAAUCAAUAAAUUGUCUCUUUUCUUAUUCUUCACGUCUUUAUUUUUUUCUCUAAGGAAAAAAAAAUGAGGAUAAUUUGAAUGAUUGUUCAAAUAUGUUUUUUUUUUAAAUAUUCAAUCGAACCAUAACUUUCAAACUGAUAGUAAUCGUGUGUGUGUGUGUGUGUGUGUGAGAGAGAGAAAGAGAAUGAGCUGAUGAACGCCAAUUAAACUUGACAAUUGUUUAUACAUAUACAUAAAUAGUGUAAUUCCAAAAAUCUGUUUGCGUAGAUUUACAAUGUAUUGUCACUAAUUAAUGUGUGUGGGUAUGCCAACAAAAUUAGUUUUGUUUAGCCUGUUCUCCUUUUUAUUAAUAUUCUAUAGUUCAUUAUUAAUAAGAAUAAUUUCUAUAUAUAUAUAUAUAGGAAACAUUAAUGAAUAAUUAUUAGAGUUGAAUGAUUGUGUCUAUGUAACUAUUCAGUCAUUUAUAUUAUGUUAUUUUAACCCGGUACAUCAUAUACAACUUUAUUUUUAUUUGUAUUGUUGCCACGACUACUACUCUUACUAUUACUAGUAAUACUAUGAAUACAAUGAAAUUGGUUUCUUUAAUGUCUUCCUUUUUUUUUCAAAAAAAAAGGGAAAGAUUGAACGAAAAAAAAACAACUUAAUCAAUAAAUAACAAGAGUGAAAACAACCAGUUUUGUCUUCAGUUGACUCUUCAUCCUGCCCCCCCCCGCCUCACCGUUUUUUUUUUGUUUUUAUUACUAUUUACAAUGAUAUAAAAUGUUCAUUGUUAUAUUAUUUAACAAA